UUCAAGAAUUCAUGAAUUUUUAGAUUAAAUGAUUGAGCCAUAAAAUUGAUUUUAGUACGAAAUUUAAUUUUUAAGUGAGUGUACGGUCAAUUUGGUGAAUUGCUGUCAAGCGACUUAUACGGAUUUAUAAAAUAAUAAGUUAUAAGUAUUGUGGAAUGCUCUCAAAUUUUUAGUAUUUUGUAGUAAACCGUAAGUUGUAUUUUCUUUUUGUAGGGACUUGUUUCCUUUGGAUAACAAACCUAAUGGAACACAUUUCCAGUGUAUCUAUUUAAGUCCACUUAAGUCGCUGACAGUGUUGGACAGUCACAGGGCGUACGCAUUAAACAACCGAUAGGAGUUCUCAGUAGCGUAUAUACUUUGACAAAAUAUAAGGCAACAUUAGACCCCAAUAAGAAACAAAACAUAUAAAAGAAGUUGCAGGAAGAAAAAAAGAUUAAAUAAAAAAAUAGAUUGUAUUUGAUAUAAACAACAUUAAACUGAUUUAUUAUUGAUUUAAUAUUUUUUACGCCUGCAGCCGAUUUAUUUACUUAUUUAUAUUGGUGAUGCUAAUGCAGAAGACAAUGGUCGCUGCGUCAUUUAUGAAAAGAUAGUGGAAACAUAAUAGUAUACGAGUUACAGUUACUCGAUUUAAUAUUCGGACGCUAUGGUAUUUGCGAAAUUAAAGCUUUAUGUACUUACUUGCAACGUGAUUAUCGAAUUUUCUGAUCCGUAAUGAGUUAAGGCACAUAUUUUAGUUUAUAAAUAUAUAAAAAUAAAUACUUCAUUUUUUAUUGUUUUCUACAUAAUAAAUGAUAAACGAAAUUAGACACGAUAUUGGUGUCGAAAAAAUAUUCGGACACUUAAUAUUACAUAAAGUUUUUUCUUGUUUAGAGUGUUUGUAACAACAAAGUUAUAAUUUUAAUAUUAAUUUAAUAUUUUUUGGGACAUCCCUUUUGUCACAUGACGUGUUACAAACGUGUUGGCAUGUUUGAACUUAUUUUAUUUAAAAAUAAUUUUUGAGUAAUGCGUUUCCACUCUUCCGUCACUCGCAUUUUUUAAUUCGUCUUUUGUUUCUAUAGGGGUGGUUUUAAUAUUACGAUCCAAUAAGUCCCAUAGAUUUUCAAUUGGAUUUAAAUCUGCCUUAAUCUGGUGAUUAUGGAGGAUGGAGCACUUUCGGACAGGCAUAUAAUAAAUAUUCCUCAACUAUUCUCGAUUUGUGUUUCGGAUCGUCAUCCUGGUAGAACUUAAAACUGUCGCGUAUACCCAUAUCGUUGCACUUUUUAAUAAAUUUUUUAUUAAUAUAUCACAAUAUUUGUUCAUGUCCAUAACAUCUUCAAUAAAAACCAGCCCCCCUACUCCAGCACUAAAAAUGCAGCCCCAUACCAUCAAGCCUCCACCACCGUAUUUCAUCAUCGACGAAAAUAUGUAGAAAACAUACUCAUACUAUACAGCAUACAUAGAUCAUAUGAUUAAAUGCGAACUACAUAUAAUUCUUAGAAUAAUUACUGACUAAUGCAUCAUCCGUAAGAUUGUUAAGAAUAACAAAGUCAGUUACCACUUACAAUGUAUUGAAAAGCUUAAAUAAAUAGAAAACAAACGGCGUAUAAUGACCAUUUAUUUAAGAUUAAUCCCUACGAUACAGCCUCACAUAUCAUUUCUCCUGAUACCAAAUUUCGUAAUCCGGACCGUAAAUUCGAAAAAUUAUCCUGCCACCUCCUCACAUAUCAUAUUCUCCUGGUACCAAAUUCCAAAAAGAGUAUCCAGGACCCGAAAUUCUUCCGUGCCACCUCCUCACAUAUCAUAUUCUCCUGGUACCAAAUUCCAAAAAGAGUAUCCAGGACCCGAAAUUCUUCCGUGCCACCUCCUCACAUAUCAUAUUCUCCUGGUACCAAAUUCCAAAAAGAGUAUCCAGGACCCGAAAUUCUUCCGUGCCACCUCCUCACAUAUCAUAUUCUCCUGGUACCAAAUUCCAAAAAGAGUAUCCAGGACCCGAAAUUCUUCCGUGCCACCUCCUCACAUAUCAUAUUCUCCUGGUACCAAAUUCCAAAAAGAGUAUCCAGGACCCGAAAUUCUUCCGUGCCACCUCCUCACAUAUCAUAUUCUCCUGGUACCAAAUUCCAAAAAGAGUAUCCAGGACCCGAAAUUCUUCCGUGCCACCUCCUCACAUAUCAUAUUCUCCUGGUACCAAAUUCCAAAAAGAGUAUCCAGGACCCGAAAUUCUUCCGUGCCACCUCCUCACAUAUCAUAUUCUCCUGGUACCAAAUUCCAAAAAGAGUAUCCAGGACCCGAAAUUCUUCCGUGCCACCUCCUCACAUAUCAUAUUCUCCUGGUACCAAAUUCCAAAAAGAGUAUCCAGGACCCGAAAUUCUUCCGUGCCACCUCCUCACAUAUCAUAUUCUCCUGGUACCAAAUUCCAAAAAGAGUAUCCAGGACCCGAAAUUCUUCCGUGCCACCUCCUCACAUAUCAUAUUCUCCUGGUACCAAAUUCCAAAAAGAGUAUCCAGGACCCGAAAUUCUUCCGUGCCACCUCCUCACAUAUCAUAUUCUCCUGGUACCAAAUUCCAAAAAGAGUAUCCAGGACCCGAAAUUCUUCCGUGCCACCUCCUCACAUAUCAUAUUCUCCUGGUACCAAAUUCCAAAAAGAGUAUCCAGGACCCGAAAUUCUUCCGUGCCACCUCCUCACAUAUCAUAUUCUCCUGGUACCAAAUUCCAAAAAGAGUAUCCAGGACCCGAAAUUCUUCCGUGCCACCUCCUCACAUAUCAUAUUCUCCUGGUACCAAAUUCCAAAAAGAGUAUCCAGGACCCGAAAUUCUUCCGUGCCACCUCCUCACAUAUCAUAUUCUCCUGGUACCAAAUUCCAAAAAGAGUAUCCAGGACCCGAAAUUCUUCCGUGCCACCUCCUCACAUAUCAUAUUCUCCUGGUACCAAAUUCCAAAAAGAGUAUCCAGGACCCGAAAUUCUUCCGUGCCACCUCCUCACAUAUCAUAUUCUCCUGGUACCAAAUUCCAAAAAGAGUAUCCAGGACCCGAAAUUCUUCCGUGCCACCUCCUCACAUAUCAUAUUCUCCUGGUACCAAAUUCCAAAAAGAGUAUCCAGGACCCGAAAUUCUUCCGUGCCACCUCCUCACAUAUCAUAUUCUCCUGAUACCAAAUUCCAAAGUCCGAACCUUAAUUUGAAGUAUCUUCCAGUACCUCCUCACGUCUCAUAUAGUCCUGAGAUAAAUUUCCAAUUUCUGGAUCCCUGAUUUUUAAAAUCGUUGUGGGCAAAUUAUGGAAGUAGAUUCGAAAAGAAAUAGGCAUAUAAGAGUAAACAUCUUUAUUACAGUUUAAAAUGUUUCUUUAUCAAGUGCUUACGCGUGACAAUUUUGUCGAAUUUUCGGAGCUCAGUUUUUAAAAAUAACAAUUUUUAUUUAAUAUAUAACAAAUACAUACUCUGCAAUUAGUUUAACAGUUCGGGUCAUGUGUAAAUGCAAUUUUAGUAAUGAGAAAUCUUAUCUGUGUAUAUUUCUAGUAAUGUUAUAUGUUUAAUCGAAAGUA